ACUUCUUGAUAAUCUAUGAUUUCACAUUAACAAUGAUAUUGUCUAGAAACAGUCUGUCUGCUUCUUGUUAUAGAUAUUGAGCAUUAUGGAAAAUCUCAAUAAGUUAGCAUUAAGAAAUUUUCAGCAAUAUCUUCAAAUCCCUACAGUACAUCCAAAUGUUGAUUAUGCGAAAUGUGUAAAAUUUCUAGAAAAUCAAGCAGAAGAACUCCAACUUCCGAUUCAGGUGAUAUAUUUGAAGCCGAAAAAACCUGUAGUAAUCAUAACGUGGAUGGGAGCGCAAGUUGAAUUGCCUAGUAUUUUUUUGAAUAGUCACAUGGACGUUGUUCCAGUAUUUGAAGAACAAUGGAAAUAUAAACCUUUCGGCGCUGAAGUCCAUGAAGGAAAAAUAUAUGCAAGAGGAUCUCAAGACAUGAAAUCCGUAGGUAUACAAUAUUUGGAAGCAAUUAGAAGAUUGAAAUUGAAUGGGGUUAUUUGCUCAAGAACUGUGCAUGUUUGUUUUGUACCUGAAGAAGAGAUAGGAGGCGAAGAAGGUAUGAAGCUGUUUACAAAAACUGAAGAAUUCAAAAAACUGAACAUAGGGAUAGCUCUGGAUGAAAGUAUUACUAGUGAAAAUGAUGCUAUGAUAUUAUUUUAUGGAGAAAAAUGUCUAUGGCAAUUCGAUAUCUACUGCGAAGGACAAACAGGUCAUGGUUCACUUUUACUUGAUAAUACUCCAGGUGAAAAAGUAGCUUACCUUUUACAGAAAUUCUACGAUUUCCGUAAAGACCAAGAGAAAAAUUUUCGAGAAAAUCAUAAUUCAUUAGGAGAUGUAACAACAAUAAACUGCACUAAAAUCAGUGGUGGAGUUCAAGACAAUGUAAUUCCAAAUAAAAUGCUCUUGACUUUUGAUUGUAGAAUUUCGACCAAAUCAAUAACUUUGAAAGAUUUUGAAUGUAUGAUAAAUAGUUGGAUAAAAGAAGCAGGACCCCAUUGUUCGAUUUCAUACCAUGCUAAAGAAAGUGGAACACCUAACACUGAAUUGAAUGAUUCAAAUAUAUUUUGGACAGCUUUUAAGAAAGCAACAGAUAAAAUGAAAAUUAAAAUAAAAACAGAAUUGAAUUGUGCUACUUCUGAUAGCAGAUAUUUGCGGAAAAUGGGUAUUCCAUCAUUUGGUUUUUCACCAAUAAAUAAUACAAAAAAAUUGCUUCAUUCACACAAUGAAUAUUUAGGAGUAGAUACGUUUUUGAAAGGCAUCGAGAUAUACUGCGAAAUAAUAAGAGAAAUAGCAAAUGCUUAGCUGAUAGCAAUUUUAUCUACAAUAAUCAUAAUACGUAAUAAUAAUCAAAGAUAAAAUGUGGAAAACUUGAAAAAAAUAUAUUUUUUCAAAGUUUGAAUACUUCAGUUGAACAAAUAAUAAUAUAUAAACAUAUAAUGUGAUUGAAAUGAAAUAAAUAAAUUGUAAU